AUGAACCGGGAUCAGUUGUUUGUUUCUCAUUUUUAUGGUUUCUCGUUGUUGCAACACAGGUCAAGAUCUCUGCCAGACUCUAAAAUUUUUUUAACAAUCCUUUCACAAUGCACUGAUGUUUCUGGAGUCACAAACAAGGUCACUCCUCCUCCUUGCCAAUCAUUGCCAGAGAAAGAGCAACUCCAAUGUCUUCUUCCAACCAAAAACACAAACUCUUCCAACCAAAAACACAAUCACAGAAACGGAGAAAAUCCAACGCCUAAACGCCACCACGCCGCCGCCGCCGCAUCCUCGCCGCUCCAUCAUCGCAGCCGCCAUCGCAGUACCGUCGUUGCUCUCUCGCGGCAUCGUCGCGGGCUCUCUCGCCGCCUCACCGUCGCGGGCUCUCUCGCCUCACCGUCACAGGCUCUCGCCGCACCAUUGCGAGCUCUCUCUUCUUCUUGGCCGUGGGCACCGUCUUGGGUUAGAGAUCUUAUUGAUACACAGAAAGUGGAAGCAAUUAUAGGACCUGAUACAUGGAAAGAGACAACUUUAGUGGCUGAUAUUUGUAGCCAAAAUCAUGUUUUGGCCAUCCCUCCGUUAAGCUCCUCUUCACUGCCUCAAGAACUAGAGAAACUUAGGAAUGGCUAUUGCAGAGUUUUGUUGUUAAUUUGUCAGUUCCUUUGGGCCAUAAACCUAUUUCAAACUGCAAAGAAAUUGAAAAUGAUGGAGAAAGGUUAUGUGUGGAUCGUUACUGAUCCUCUUACAAAUCUUGUCCAUUCAUUGAACUCUUCUACUAUAUCAUCAAUGCAAGGGAUAGUUGGAGUAAAGAGCUACUUCCCAGAAAUAGGGCUUCAAUACGAGGACUUCUACUCUAAAUUUAGAAAAAAGUUUAGCUUAGAGAACCCUCAUGAGCUUAAUAAUGAGCCUGGGAUAUUUGCAGCACGUGCUUAUGAUGCUGCAUGGACUCUAGCUCUAUCCAUGAUCCAAACAACCAACAAAAAAGAUCAAACGUUACUGGAUAAGAUCAUCAAUGUGAUGGGGAAAGAUUAUAAGAAAAUUUGGGUUCUGGACAAAGGGACUAGGUUUCUCAAAUACUAUAGGCCAAAAUGCUGCUUUCAAUUCUUCAAUGAGGAACUUGGACAAGUUUUAUGGCCAGGAAGACCUUGGGGAAUACCAAGAGGAUGGAUUCCAGCAUUGGAUAAACCACUUAGAAUUGGGGUCCCCGUUUUGGCCACAUUGAAACAAUCCGUAACUGUAAUUCACGACCAAACAGAAAAUACCACCACGUUCCAAGGAUUCACCAUUGAUCUUUUUAGAGAAACUAUGGAGUUGUUGCCCUAUCACUUGCCCUACAAAUUCUAUCCUUUCAAUGACACGUACGAUAAUUUGGUGAAGCAAGUUUAUUUGAAGAACCCCAAUUUUCCCAAUCAGAACUCAGAUCCCAAUUUUUCUUCUGUUUCUCCACUCCCGUCCCCCUCCUUUCCUCUCUGCAACCCUUCCUUUCUCCACUCUCGUCUCCCUCCCUUCUUCUCCUACAACCCUUCCUUUAUCCACUCUCCUCUCCCUCAACUCCACCAUUCCCUCACCACCCUCUUCUCCCCCCCAUCCCCAAAACGAUAUUGGUUCUUAGGGUUUUGGCACUCAGAGGUGGAGGCAGCUGUAGGACCUGCGACGUACCCCAAGACGGUGCCCACGGCCAAGAAGAGAGAGAGCUCGCAAUGGUGCGGCGAGAGCCUGUGA